CACGCUCCCGUAUAACUGUCGAUGUUUCAUUUGUUUUCGGAACAUAAUUGAAUAUCGAAGUCGAGAUUUGAAUUUAGAAACUUAAUUUUAUUUUUUAUUUAGUGAGGUUCUAUGAUGUAUCGCCAAGGAGGUUCUACCAAGGAGUUUUGGAUGCAGUUGCAGUGUUUAAGAGUGAUGCAGCUGGUGUUGUGUGUGUGAAUCAUGGAUGAAUUUUGUAUUGUACUUUGGAAGACGGCGAUAUGACGGCCCAGGAGAGAAGCAAUAUUUUCUCGGAUGAUGACGAGGACUUGCGGCCGCGGCAGCAGAGCCUCGGUGGAGUCCUGAGACGAGAAGGCAACUGGAAAUGCUUCAUGCUAACCCUGAUGAUUGCUGGCUGCCUCGGCUCCGUCGCCUGGUGCAACACCGCCGAAAUCGACAGAGACCUCAUUGAUUUUAGCAAUUUUGUGUCCGUCAGGCAUCCUAUAAAACGGACGGUCCGUGAGUCGCCCUGUGAUGUAGGAUACGCCUACAUCCCCAUCGCCUUUGUCCUGCUACUCUACUUGGUGUACCUGGUGGAAUGCUACCAUAGUACUGCCAGGAUACAGCUGGCGAGGAGAGUGGAUGUGGCUGCUGUCAGCGCCAGGGUACAUGCCAUGAGAAACGCUACGCCACGAGUCUGGUGGAAGGCAAUAUGCUACCACUACGUGCGACGUAAGCGGCAAGUCACGCGAUAUAGAAACGGAGAUGCCUAUACAACUACACAGGUCUACUACGAGAGGGUAAACACUCACAGUGCCAGUACAUCCUUUGCUCACGCCUGUUGUGGGCAGCGAGAUGCUUCCAGAAAUCUGGUUCUGGAUUCCAAGACGCCAAUCACCAAAGUACGCUUUAGUAAAGGCUUCGCAUUUGCCAAUAUUGAAGCGGCUAGCGAAUUCGAAGACCAAAGAUCAAGGUUCUUCGCUGAGCACGAAAGGUUCGACGACUUCAUGGAAAUGCGCGAAGGCUUGGACCUAAUCGGAGUCAGCUCAUUCAAAGAAUAUAUGGUAGCUUAUAGUCAUUUGUAUUACAGGGAUGCUGACCGAUGUCCGUGGUAUUCAUCUCAACUGCUUUUCUGGACUCUUUCUUGUCUCCUUCUCUCGUGGCCUCUGCGUAUACUCAUAGAAUGCAAUACAGCUUAUGUACAUUAUACGAUUACGAAGAUAUUUGGAACGAAUUAUGAAUUAGAUCCCAGUAGGCAGUUAGAUAUUGAUACUCACAUGUCAGAUACUUUGCCACCAGUGACUGCCAAUAACUACGCGUGGGCACUUGCUGAUGAGCAAAGUGCUGUGCUGUGUUCAGCUCCCCGUCCACCUCGUACCUUACCCCUCUCACACGCUUCCACUGUCGACAGUCUCGAACUAUUUGCUGCAAUACGUGGAAACUGUGCCUUAGUACCCUCUUAUUCUGAAGCUAUGCGUAUUGACGCAGCACUUAGAGAAGAACCAGCAGCAGCAGCCGCAGAUGACGGCACUGACAGUGCUGCAGCUGGAGUUGUUAUAGAUAUGGAGCCCGAAGCUCGAUCAUCUCCACUUAGGACAGCUAAAGCAGCGUCAUUUGACGAACCUCCACGAAGACCAAAAGUUACUAUCGCCACUACACAUUCCACACAGAACAUUUCUGCGACAGCCAGAUCUAAUGAAGCAAAGCAGCUUAACAGACGCUCUUGGGCGGGAGUUCUUACAACCGCAAGAAGUGCCAGGCAGAUCUUAGAAGAAUUUAGGUCAUCAAAUUCACAAACAAGUUACGAACAAAUGCCAGAACCUCAAGUAAGUGAAAACGGAGAAACUACAUUAUAUUUCUCUAGAGAAUUAUCGCCAACUUGUUCCAGAGAUCCGUUUGGUGGUCGUGCACAAACUACGCCUACUGAUGAGCCACCUUCAUAUGAAGAGGCACUAAAAAUGCCUGCGCUGAGGAAAUUAACGAGGUCUAUUACGGGGACUAAUUUAGCCGGUUCCAGACGAGCAUUCCUGCGAGAUGUGCUCACAAAUAGGAGGUCGUGUCUGGAGGGCGUCGGCGUGUUAGCAGGAACUAAGGUAGUUAGGUUGCCGUAUAGCGAAUCCGGUGACGAGACGCCUCUAUAGCGCUUCAGUAAGGCCCGUGCAAUUACUGACUUUAUAUGGUGCAAUAAAAUGUUAUUAGGUACUUGAAUGGAGAGACUACCGUAUUGUGUGAAAUAGAUAAAGCAGUUAAUAGUGAUAGUGUUUGUACUAACGUGUUUAUACGCUUUGGAACUGUAGGAAUAAAUGAGGAAUGAGCUUGCAAAUAUAGUUAAACAUGUAUAUACGUGGAAUUGACGAUGGAAUUCAAGUUUUUGUCAAGCUAUUAAUAUUCUGGAAAAGCCAUUUUGUCUCGACAAUGACGUAAACUGGUAUACUGAUAUUUGGCUUAGAUUAAUGUUUAAUGCUCGUAUUCUACGACAAAUGUGACUGGUCACUUGCUAUUUAAUACUAUUUUUAAAUGAAUUGUAUUAAAUCUACCUUUAGAUAGUGACUGAAUUAAUUGGAAAGCCUAUUCAAUCAUUCUUAGUUAUCUGUAACUGUUUACUUUGUUGUAAUAAAAUAUACUUUUACAUAUACAUUUUUUGAAUGUCAUAGUGUUCCAAAACGCUUGAUUUAUUGGAGAUUAUUUAAAAUAAUAUUUAAAUACAAUUCUAUUUCACUUGAAAUCCUUGAAAAAAAUAAACGACCAGCAGUUUUUAUAGCACAAUCGCUUUUAUUCUGAAUAAAAAAGUAAUACGGAAUGGACCGGCGAUGUUCUUUGUUCAAUGAAAUAGGUGUAUCCUAUUUCUUAGGAUUAAAGAACAAGACGCUCCUCUAAUUGAACCUACUGUGAAUUUUACACAGAAUUGUCAAGUAAUUGGACAUUAUAUAUAAGUUUAUAUAUAAGUACAAUGUAGGUAUAAGGCAGUGCCUUAUAACAUUGUUAUAGUUUAAAGCGACAUAAAUAUAUAUAUAAUUAUAUUGCAAUUACUGUAUGUACUGUAUAAAGUAAAUAUAGCGCGAUGCGUAAGCUUUACCGCACCACUUAGAUAGAAAAUAUUAUAAGCAAAACCCUUUUAUAUUCAAAAUUAUGUAGGUGCACUAAUUAGCGCCGAACACGAAAAAAUUCUAUUCUUAUAAGUCCGAUUCGUGAUACGAAAGUAAUUCUUGUCAUUAACGAAGACUACGUAUGUAUAUUUAAUGUUAGUAACUGUUUGCUUUCGACGAAUGAAUUGGAAUUUUCGAAGGAAAGUUUUUUGUGCGCCUUUAGGCUUAAAGGUGCUGGAGUACGGAGGACGAAUAAAUAAUUAUUUCGAUUAGUUGACGAAUGUCAGUUUGUUUGGACACGAAAUAAUGAAUUCCUUUGAUGUUCGGUUUAAAAUAUUCCUUUACAAGUCGUCCCACUCUGUUCUCUAAUGCGAAUACAUUUUGAGAUAUUUAUUUUUGUUUUACUUCUAAAAAAUGUAAAAUAAUUAAAUGGUAGGCAAUUGCCAAAGUGAUAUUAACGUAAGUAGCUUAUUAGGGAGCUCGAUUCAAUUAAUAUGGCUUACCCAUGGAACCAAUUAAAGUAUUGUAUAUUUUAAUCUUUUUAAAUCAUGUUUAUAACCACGUUAUUAAUUAAUAUUGGUAAAUAAAUGUACAUUUCAGUGCAAUUCUGUAUACAGAUAUUAUUAUUAAGUUACAUUCUGUGGAGCUUCGAUGAAACCUAGUAUAAAAUUAAUC